GGGGGAUAUUUAACUUGGGACUGAGCACCACUCGCUACAGACACACUCACACACAGUGUGCCUAAGCAAAGAAACGCUCCAGCGCCAAGUCUCUCAGACUCCUGAAGUAGGAGCGACUCAGUAGGAGCUUCUGUACCAGUUAUCAAAGGAGUAGAGACGCUCCCUCAGGAAUUGACCGCUUGCACCGACCGGGCAAAAAGGCUCCAGAUUUGGGACUGUCUCGUCAUGCAGCGACAGUGGGAUCUGGAGCUUUUCUGAGAGGAUUCAGAAAUGCCACAGUGAAAGGAACUCUGAACUAACAACGUUCACUGGCUUCCUGCAGUUUGCAUUUGAUAUGCACUGAGCCUGCAAUUUGCUGUAAAGCUGUUUUUCAACGUUUUUUUUAUUACACGCACAGUCGUGUGUUUUGUGGGAAUGUUACAGCCUCCGAUUUUUCUUUAAAAAAAAAAAAAAGCUGAUCUGCGAUUUGGAACAUCCUCUGGAAAGAUAAAUGGCUGUUAUUUCAUAAGUUGAGGUUGCAUCCCACUGCGGCGCAUUUUCUCUAAGUUUUUUUGGACAUUCUCAGUGAGGUGCACAUAUCGACGGCUGGAAUACCACAAGGCACAGACUGCAGAGACAUUUUCCGCAGUCCAUGGAUUGUGCGCCCUGGGACCUUGUCAAACCUGAGAGCGUCAGGCGACGUUAAGAGAAGCCACGUUUAUAAAAGCCGUGCGUAAAAAUAACAUUGGCCAAGGCAGCCCUCAUUGCCGGGCGCGUGACAUUUAAAACUUGGUGAAGUACUCUUUUCUGCGCCCUUCUCUCUCGGGACGCUCCGGAUCUAUUCUGUCUCUUUAGAAAACACUUCAUUCCAUGCAGCUCUCGCCUCGGCCGCUGUCAUCCAGUGUUCGUCGUGGCUUCCAGUCCCCGGGGUAACCAUGACAACCGAAAGAAACCCAAAGUGAAUCCAAGGGAGCGGGGUGAGGCCGGAGAGAGCGUGAAAAGAGUUUUCCCCAUUUUGUUUUGUGCUUUUUUUGUUUAGACUAAACACUUUUUUUGCAAAGCAGGGGCACCGUUUCGCGCUGUAGAGUUGCAUCAGCGGGCAAAUUGCAAAGUUGAAGGAGCCCUAAAAAGCAAAGCACUCCGCUCCAUGUCAUUCAAACCCGACGUGGUCUAUUAAAAGUAUCGCCUUGCUGGUGGCUGAACUUCUACUAUUUAUGAAGCCCCAGGCUAGUCAUUGCAGAGAUCACAGUAACCGGGAAAAGAACUGAAUAUUAUUUACGCGAGAAGAGCCGGUGCGUAAAACAAGAGGAAUAAUGGGCCUCUCUCAAACGCUACUCAUUUACGUGCUAGUGUGCGUUCACCUAGGAGUUUCCCAGCAUUACCUUCGCCUCCGUCCAUCGCCCAGUGAUCACCUCCCUGUGCCCGACCUGAAGGAGGACCCCGACCCGGAGUACGACCCCAGGGAGCAGGACUUGGCCGAGAGGACUCUGAGGAAAAAGCUCGGCAGCAACUUUGACCCCAACUUCAUGUCCAUCAGCUCGCCCAUGCUGGUGAACCUCUCCGCGCCAGACAACCAGGUGAAGCUGCAGGGGCCCAUGCCUAACGAGAUUAAAAAGCUGGACCUCACAGAGACCCCCUAUGGAAAGCGGGUAAAAGUGGGCAAGAAAGCCCGCAGGAAAUUUCUGCAGUGGCUGUGGACCUAUACGCACUGUCCAGUGGUGUACACCUGGAAGGAUUUGGGCGUGAGGUUCUGGCCACGUUACAUCAAGGAGGGAAACUGUUUCUCUGAGCGCUCUUGCUCCUUCCCUGAGGGGAUGUCUUGCAAGCCCGUCAAGUCAAUCAACAAGAUUUUCCUCCGGUGGUAUUGUCAAGGGUUUCUAAGACAGAAAUACUGUACGUGGAUACAGGUGCAAUACCCAAUCAUCUCAGAGUGCAAGUGUUCGUGCUGAUUUUCUCUAAGGAAGU